AUGCCACCCCACAACCCUCACUCCCUCCCAUCCCUCACUCUAAUCGUGGCAACGACCCCGAUCCGCAGCGCGUCGUCAACAACAAAAGACGAGAUAACGCGCCUAGGCAUCGGCCUAAAUGGCACACUCCCAUGGCCACGCAUAAAAACAGACAUGUCAUUCUUCGCUCGCGUGACAUCCCGCCCACCAAGCCCAGGCAAGACAAACGCGAUAAUCAUGGGGCGGAAGACAUAUGUUUCCGUGCCAGCGUCGCUGCGGCCACUUGCAAAGCGAAUUAAUGUCGUGAUCACGCGCGACACCUCCGGCUCUGUUUGCGAGAGCGUAAAUGCGGAGUUGGAGAAGAUGAAGGGAAAGAUUGCGGCCAAGGCUGCCGAGGCACAGGCCACGAGUGCGGAGAAGAAGGCUUUCGACCCGCCCCAGGAAACUGUGCCGGCUCCGCCGGCGGUCCCGAUGACGGAUGCGCUUGUUACGCCGAGUCUUGGCGCGGCAUUGGAGCAGUUGGACUCUGUGUAUGGGGCGCAGGGGACGCUUGGCAAGAUUUUUGUUAUUGGUGGAGCGGAGAUUUAUAAUGCUACAUUGAAGAUGGGUGCUGAGGAGCUACGGGGUCGGCCUGUUAGAGUUGUUAUGACGAAUGUUGUGCGGAAGCGGGCAGACAAUGCGCCUGCUUCGUUUGAGUGUGAUACGUUCUUCCCAUUGGAUGGGCUUCAUGAAGCGAAUGGGUGGCGGGCUGCUAGCCCUGAAGAGGUUUCUGAGUGGGUUGGGGAGGAGGUUGAUGGACAGUGGAAGGGUGAUGGAGAUGUUGAGGUUCAGAUGGUUGGAUUUGAAAAAUUGACUUAG